AUGGCCGGAAGUGACGAUGAAGUAGAAGGAAGAUGGGUGUGGUCGGAGUCCCGACUCCCUGUCAGUUACACAAGAUGGGGACGACGGCAACCAGACAACGGUAAAUCUACAGGCACUGCAGAGAACUGUCUAGCGUGGGAAACAGUGCACUCCACUUGGAGCGACAUGGAGUGCGAGGAGGAAGCUGAUUACCUAUCAUCAGGCUAUGAAUGCAUUUGGAUUGGGCUUUCGGAUGCUAAGCUAGAAGGUCACUGGGUUUGGAAAGGCAGCAACGAGGUACCUCGAUAUACGAACUGGGCGCCAGGGCAACCCGGCCAUCCGGACGCCUUCCUGAUCUUUGGCGAGGACUGUGCUGCAAUGGACAGAGAGGACAACAAGUGGCACGACAAGGGAUAUGAUUGCUUGAAUGGAGGGAAAUUCUAUAGGGGGUCGUGUUACAUGUAUGUUAAUGCAGGCGUACCAUGGAACGAGGCCAAGAAAAUCUGUGACGAUAGAAAUAUGUUUCUACUGGAGGACACAUCAGAGGAUGAACAUCGUUUUGUGUCAUAUUAUCUCUCAUUCAUUCACCCCGAAAAAGGCACCUGUCUUUGGAUUGGCCUCUCAGAAAUUCAGGUAGAAGGUCGCUGGGUGUGGGAAAGCAGUGGCAAGCCAGUUGAUUACACUCACUGGAACAAGAGUCAGCCGUCAGGGAAGGCACACUUCUACAGUUCAGACCCCGACUGUGUCUACCUUCUCAUGGUUUCAGAUAACAGUUGGCAUGAUGGGGUUUGCUCAAAAGAGUGCGCCUUCAUAUUGACGCCAUCAGCGACGGUGAAAGUGGCCAUGCGACUCAGGGCUCACGAAGUUAGAGCCUUACAGAAGACAGUUGUGGACAGCGCAACAUCAAUGUCAGAGUUUGAGAUUGGCUCGAACUGUACGACGUGA